AUGUGGAGUCAGACCAAGGGAGGCAGUGCUGCUGGCUUCAGCUUCCAGCCCGUGACAGUACGAGACCCUAGUGUGGAUGUCUUCAUGGAUGGAUGUGGGACAGAUGGGAUGGAAGAAUCAUCGGAAACCAUGGGCGGUUCUCGCGGAUUCAAGGCCAUCAAGACACAAAAUGUCGCUGGGAAGGUGUUUGAAGCAGGAGGCAACAAAGUUUUGCUUCACCCAGACAAGCCUUUUCGCUCGUGUGCCAGCGGGUUAGCGGUUUGA